AUGUCAGCUGCCAAUGAUACCAAAUUCCAGUUUGCAGUGUUCCUUCUCACUGGGAUAUCUGGGCAUGAAGAAAUCCACCUCUGGAUCUCCAUCCCUUUCUGCAUAAUAUAUCUUAUUUCGAUAGCAGGGAAUUCAGUUAUUCUCUUCAUUAUAAAAACAGACCCAAGCCUCCAUGAGCCCAUGUACAUUUUCCUUUCCAUGUUGGCCCUCACCGACCUUGGUAUAUCUAUAGGCACCGUACCGACAAUACUGGGUGUAUUCUUAUUUAACUCUAGGGAGAUCAGCCUGGAUGCCUGUUUUGCCCAGCUGUUCUUCAUCCACUCACUUCAGUUCAUUGAAUCCUCCAUGCUCCUGUUGAUGGCCUUUGACCGCUUUGUUGCCAUCUGUAACCCGCUGAGAUAUUCUUCCAUUUUAACCCUGCCGAGACUAGGGAAGAUGGGACUAGUAUCUGUGCUAAGAGGGGUGGCCGUAGUAUUACCAGUUCCUUUUCUCCUGAAACAGUUCCGAUAUUGUCAAGCCAAUGUCCUCUCCCACUCCUACUGCCUGCACCAAGACGUCAUAAAGAUGGCUUGUUCUGACACCACUUUCAACAGUGUGUAUGGCUUGUUUGUUACACUCUUAACAGUGGGGUUGGACAUGCUGCUCAUCUUCCUCUCUUACGUGAUGAUCCUCAAAACAGUGCUGAGCAUCGCGUCCCACACAGAGAGUCUCAAGGCCCUGAGCACCUGCGUCUCCCACCUCUGCGCCGUCCUGCUCUUCUACACACCGGAGAUCGGCUUGUCCGUGAUACACAGAUUUGCAAAGGGUUCUCCUUUCCUGCUUCAGAUUCUCUUGGGCUACGUCUACCUGCUGGUCCCGCCCCUGAUGAAUCCGAUUGUGUACAGUGUGAAAAGCAAACACCUGCGUGAGAGGAUCAUCAGGGCCUUCCUCAAGUGA